GAUCUAUUAUUUAUAAAAAACCAUUAACUUAUUACCGAUCUUCAGAGUUAGUGGUUCUAAACCCACUUAAAAAUAAUUUUUCAAGCAUGCAAAUUACCUCUGAAUAUGAGAAUCGAUUUGAAGAUUCUCAAGAAACUAUAACUGAAGAUGAUACUUCA